AUGUUAAAUAAACUAAUUCUUCUUAUUCCUAUUUAAAUAAUAAUAAUAACGAUGAUUUAUCUUAAAGUAAUAGUUUUAUUCAGGUCUUAGAUUCAUCUGAACAAGGAAUUACUGAAACUUAUUUAACAAACAGAGAUAAAAAUAUAGAUGCCAAUUAGAGUGAUACCCAAACUUCAUUCAAUCUUUCUCCUUCUGUAAAAAAACCACUAACAAUAAAAAAGCUAAGAGAUUCCUUUUAUAGUAAUAAGAAAAGAUUAAGCUUAAGAAAAGAAAUAGAUCAUUCAAUUUAGAAUAUAAGCUUCAAUGGAGAGCCCUUUUAAAAUGAAUAAUAAUAAUCAGAAUAACAAAAAUAUAAACCAAAUUAAUAAUAAACGAUUUAACUAUAAACAAAAAAAUUUAGAAAUUUAAUGA